AUGCACUUUUCAUGCCCGUUUCUGGAUGUGGGUACUGGAUGGGUAUUGGAUGUGGGUACUGGAUGGGUAUUGGAUGUGGGUACUGGAUGGGUAUUGGAUGUGGGUACUGGAUGGGUAUUGGAUGUGGGUACUGGAUGGGUAUUGGAUGUGGGUACUGGAUGGGUACUGGAUGUGGGUACUGGAUGGGUACUGGAUGUGGGUACUGGAUGGGUACUGGAUGUGGAACGCCGUGAAUGGAACCAGGUGGAAUCGGGACAAGCUACAACUGAGGAAGGAGCACUCAGUGACUCUCUUUACCCACUUUCCUCCCAUCUCACUCCUCCCCGUCCCCAGCUCUUUUUCCCAAACAUGGUCAACGUGGCGAGGAUGUUUCUGGAGGGCCUGCAGGUGAAGGAGGAGGACUCGGACUUACUCUUCCCUCUCUCCCCUCUUCCCACCCCCUCUCCCCCCGUCUCCCUCCUUCUUCCCCUCGUCGCCGCCCCUUCCCCAUCCCCCACCCAGAACAUGGUCAACGUAACCAGGCGGUUUCUGGAGGAUCUGAAGCUGAAGGAGGAGGACUCAAUCAUAGUGGAGAUGGGCAUAGAGGGGCACGAGUGGGCGAUUCUGCAGCAUUGGCUCUCUAACCCUCUCCGCCCCUCUCCCCCACUCUUCACCCGUCUCGCUCCCUCCCCCUCCCAGAACAUGGUCAACGUAACCAGGUGGUUUCUGGAGGAUCUGAAGCUGAAGGAAGAGGACUCAGUCGUUGUGAAGAUGGAUAUAGAGGGGCACGAGUGGGCGAUUCUGCAGCACUGGCUCUCUAACCCCCGCAUGGCAGCGAUCGUAGACGAGUUGUUCGUGGAAGUGCAUUAUCAUCACCCAACCAUGACGGAGUUUUCUUGGACUGCACCACAAUUCAAUCACACGCGCCAUGAUGCGACGGGGUUGCUGACUGAAUUGAGGAAAGCCGGUUUCUACGUGCACCCUUGA